UUUGUAAUCAACUAUCUGUAAGUUAAUCUAGAUAAUAUUAAAUUAUUUCGUUAAAUUUAAUAUCAUUAGUGUAUUAAUUAUAUGAUUGUAUGUGAUUUAUAAUAUUUUUGUACAGUUAAUAUAGGCAAGUUAAAAACUGUCAGUUUAAGGGAGGUUUAAAUUCAUUUGCACAAGGAUGUUAAAUUUUUUUGUGUGGUUAUGUUUCAUAUCAAUAUUGGGAAUUUCAAUAAGUUGUAAAACUGCAAAUGAAGACUUUGUGAUUUAUCACGGAGAUGGUCCUCAAUCAAAUAGCAUAUAUUAUGACAAGUGUGCGCCCACAGUUAUCUGCAAUCCAAAUGCUAUUUAUAGGACAGCAAAGGGCUCAUGUAAUAACCUAGAGAACCCGUUGUGGGGGUCGUCUGAAACUCCAUACAUCAGACUUUCUGAAGCUGCUUAUAAUGAUGGUGAUCACGAAGUUCGGAAACAGUCUAAUGGAUCGCUGUUACCCACACCUCGAAAAGUGCAGUUAUCAUUAUUUUUGAAAAAAUCUCAGGAUUCUCCAGACCAUAACAAUAAUUAUCAUCUAAGUCAAUUUGGUCAAUGGAUUACUCAUGAUAUCACUCUUCUACCACCAGAUCCUUCAGUGCCAAAGAGAUGCUGUUCCACCCCGAUUAAUGAGAUCAACAGUAAUACCCCAUACCAAUGUCAAUUACCUAUUGAGUUGCCAAUGGAUGACCCAGUUUAUGGUCGUCAUGGACGAACAUGUAUGGAAUUUAGACGUGCAAUGACUGCUGCUAAUAAUUUCAACUGAUCAAUAUCUCCCCAAAUUCCAAUGAAUCAGGCGACAUCGUACAUUGACUCGUCACAGUUGUACGGACACACAUCAGUCAAGGCAAAUUCAAUGAGAUCUUUUAAUGGCGGGAGAUUGUUAACUGAAGUCAUAAAUGAAAACGAGUACUGUCCUCUAAGGAAAAGAAGCGGAUCAUUAUUAUGUGAUGGGAGGGAUAACGUGACUGUAUGUUUUGAAGGAGGAGACCCAAGAAUAAAUCAACACUUUGGGAUCACAUCGUAUAGUAUUAUAUUUACCCGGUUUCAUAAUGUUGUGGCUGAUAAGUUACAAGAAUUAAAUCCUCAUUGGUCUGAUGAAGUGUUAUACCAAGAAGCUCGAAAGUUCAUCAGUGCACUAAAUCAAAUAAUUGUUUAUCGGGAUUACCUGCCUAUUUUACUUGGUAAAUCAUUUACAAGCUGCGGUUUGGAUCUCAGUAAUAAUAUAACGACAAAAUACUAUCCGGAAAAGCAUGCAGCUUUGCAUGUGGAAUUUGCAGGCAGUGCUUUCCGAGUGCCACAUAACACAAUAGCUUCGUGUUACAAUUACGUAGACAAAGAUUAUGAGACAGUCGAUUCAGUCAAACUUAACGAAUGGAUGUCGAUACCUGAUCCCUUAGUUAACGGUUCAAAACUUGAUGAAAUAGUCAGAGGCAUGACUACAUCAGAAGGCCGUUUUUAUACGCCGUCUUAUAACUAUCUAAUAUCAAAUUUCAUGCUCCAUAAACAUGAAAAUGGUGGUGAUCUAGAUUUGCUCUCAAUCGACAUUCAGAGAGGGCGCGAUGUUGGAGUACCGCAAUAUAUUAAGAUGAGGAAAUGGUGUGGUUUACCAGAAAUCUGUUCAUUUGAAGAUUUAUCAAAAAUUUUAUCAGAAGACGUCGUCGAAAUAUUAAAAAAUUUGUACGCAGAUAUUUAUGACAUUGAUCUACUCGUGGGAGCUUUACUCGAACCACCAGUUGAUGGUGGAACGGUUGGUCGAACUGCACAGUGCCUCUUAGCUGAUGUAUUUCACCGUCUUCGAUACGGUGAUCGUUUCUUUUUUGAUAUGGAAGGUCAACCGGGAAGCUAUUCUCCAGAACAAUUGAGCAGUUUGAAACACAUGGAUCUUCCUUGCGUAAUAUGUGCCACAACAAAAAUGGAUGAAGUACCAUCUAAUAUUUUUGAGCCAUCAAGAAGGGACGUCGGUGGCCGAUUUGUGUGCAGGGGCGUGACCAGUGCCGGAUCUAGGGCGGACAAGUGUGUAUCCUUGCCUCGGGCGCUGUUAGUGUAAGGGAGUUCAGGCGUU